GCAAGCCUGUAUGGGUUAAGUGUAUUGAGUGAAUUUACACACAACUAGCUUUCCCUGCCACUUCAUUUACGCACGAAUCAUAGUUCUCCAGGAUCGAUUAUGCCUCGAGCGCAACGCAUGUGUGUCACUGUAGAUGGUCACGAUUUCCUAACGUACGAUCCAGCAUCCAUUUACUUUGUUACCUUCUGUUUCUAUUCCAGACGUUCUUGAAAGGUUUCGAUCCUGAUUUUGAGAUGAAAUAAUCGUUCGUGAAGAGGAAUCGAUAAAGCUUAUGUCUUGUUUAUUCGCGGAGAAACAAACGCAAACUCACUGUCUGAUCUGACGCCAAACAUUGCAAGUGCCCGUCAUCGUGUCAGGGUCCUUAUAUUCCGAGCUGUGAAGAAAUCAAGGAAACCAUAACCUAGCUAGCAACGAUCAUGAGCAGAACCGAGACUCGACGUCCAGGUUAUCACUCGAGAAGGGAUGGAAGAGAGAAGAAAAUGGACACGCUGAAGGUUCUUCUACCGGUUAGGCCCUGCUCCAGUCAUGAGACCAGGAGUGCCAUGGACACGACCGGUUUACUUGGUACUCUGGUCUACUCCUUCUUGACUGGCAUCUUCUGGAAGGCCAACUUGCGAAGGGGCAUCACGGAAGACGCCCUCAAGAGGCUGAUGUCCGACAGGGACGCGGCUGUUGUUAACUGCGACAGAUUUGAACAACUAUGGAGAAACGAGACAGACGGGCGAACAGAGAAAGAUGUCUCACUUAAACGAGUCAUCUUCAGGUUCAUCCGGACCCGUUUUUUGACCGCCUCCGGGAUACUGGUGAUUGGUCUGAGCAGUGGAUUUCUAUUAACUGCGUAUGUACUUUACACCGCCAUCAUCUAUAUGGAGACAGCCGAUAACUCCAUCGGCUACAGUGUUGCAUUGGCAUUCUCUAUCUUCGGCUCUACAGCGUUACGUGUGAUCGGGAUGAACUUCAUGUGGUACUCCAGCAUCCGUACUGCAGUGCGCGUGCGCAAUGCCCUCAUGCUGACCUUGUACAAAAAGGUGUCCAGGCUUCGCAACACAUCAGAAGUGUCAGUGGGAGAGAUGGUGAAUAUUUGCGUGAACGACAUGCAGCGGCUGUUUGAUGCAACAAUCUUCGGUCCAAUCCUCAUUGCCUUCCCAUUGGUCGUUCUACUUAUUCUGGUUGGGUGUGUGUUGGUCGUCGGGAUCGUUCCCACGUUGGCAGGAAUAGCGAUGCUCAUCAUUGUCUUUGCUUUCCAGACGUGCCUUGCGAAGCUCAACGUACGGACUCGUCAGAAGUGCGUGGUGUAUACUGAUCGCAGGACUCGCAUGCUGAACGAAGUACUGAACUGCAUCAAACUGAUCAAGAUGUAUGCCUGGGAGGAGUCUUUUCAACAAAACAUAACAGAAAUCCGCAAGAAAGAGCGAAGCCAGCUUCAGAGAUCAGGUUACCUCUCAAGCUACACCCUGGGCUUGGCUCUGUCUGUCUGUCCAGCUGUCAUCCUUACCACUGCUAUCUGUUACAAGUUGAUGGGAAGUGAUAUCACGGCAGCACAGGCUUUCACACUGAUGCAGUUGUUUGGUUCCUUGUCGACAAUCAUGUACAUCAUGCCGAUGGCACUUAAGCCAAUCACAGAGUCGGUGGUAUCCGUUCAAAGAAUUCAGCCAAUUUUACUGAUGAAAGAAGUCAAUCAGAAGUGGGGCGUCCCCGCUGAUUCAGACCACGCCCUCGUUUUAACCAACGCCUCAUUCAGCUGGGACGCUCCGCCCCAAACUACUGCUACGUCAACCAAAACACGGGAAGAAGUGAAUGCCAACAGCAAAUACACGCUGAUGGUGAGAAACACAGAAGAUGGUGCGAGUCGAAACAAAGAGAAAAACGAGGAUUGUGGGGAUGAAACGAUGUGGGAACCCAAUGUCUCAGAUAACCUACUCGACAAAGACACCCUUGCACCCAUCCGCACACCAGUCCUUAGAGAUAUCAGUCUCGUCGUUCCUAAGUCUCAUCUCAUUGGUAUCUGUGGCGCCGUGGGUAGUGGCAAGAGCUCCCUACUGUCUAGCGUCUUAGACCAGAUGAACUUAAUGGGUGGUAUCGUAGCGUUAGACGGUACAUUUGCUUACGCAUCACAACAGGCUUGGAUAAUGAAUGCAACAAUCCAAGACAAUAUUCUUUUCGGUGAGCCCUUCGAUAAGGCGCGAUACCAGCAAGCAAUCUUCUCCUGCUGCUUAGAGAGAGACUUGGAGAUCAUGUCAGAUGGAGAUAUGACAGAGAUUGGUGAGAGAGGAGUGAACGUGAGCGGUGGUCAGAAGCAACGUAUCAGUCUGGCUCGGGCUUAUUACUCAGAUAGAGACAUCUAUCUCCUUGACGACCCUCUCAGUGCCGUAGAUGCACACGUUGGCAAGCACAUUUUUACCCACUGCAUCCGGGGAGCUCUGAGGGGAAAGACAAUUCUUUUUGUUUCCCAUCAACUCCAGUAUCUCCGUGAUUGCGACUACGUGGUGUUGAUGCGAGACGGUACAAUCGCCGAGCAAGGAACGCACGAAGACCUGAUGGCGGCUGGCGGCGAAUAUGCCCGGCUGAUUGACACGUUCCACGGUAAAGGGGAAGGCGUGAACGGGGCUAGUGGGGUCGACGGUCCAGCGUCCCCGAGUGGCGUGGUCAUUAAUUCAGACAGCGAGGAAGGGACUGAUAUUAAUGGCAUAAUAGAGAGCGGAAAAGAAAAGCCUGUGGAUUACACAAACGAAAUUGUAAAAUUGAUGAACGAGGAAGACCGAGGUAGUGGGAUGGUACCUUUUGCUAUUUACCGGAAAUUCGUCCGCUACGCUGGUGGGCCUUGCCUUGCCAUCAUCAAUGUCCUACUCAUUUUCUUGUCGAUGUUGGUUAGCAUCUCCAAGAGUGUGUGGCUGUCCAUCUGGAUACAGGAGACUAUCAUGUGGAGAAAUCAAACGGAGACUAUUUUCACAAAUGCAUCUGAAUCACGUGGACCAGCCUAUAAGCCCCUCACAUACGAGUUGUUCGAGUACCCAUACAGCGACGGUUCCGAGGACUCUCCAUAUCCAGCUGAUCCUAAGAAAGACGAUCCCACGACCUUCUUUGUGUUGGUCUAUAUUGGGAUAUUCUUUCUGUCGCUUAUUAUACUUGGUAUUACCUGCAUAGUGUUCAUCGCGACCGUUAUCCGUGCAACCACACGUAUACAUGAAUGCCUUCUCCGUAAGAUCAUGCGUUGUCCUAUGUCGUUCUUUGACACAACGCCGCUGGGUCGCGUACUCAACAGGUUCUCCAAGGACAUGGAUGAGGUCGAUGUGCUACUUCCUACCAAUGUGAUGCAGUGUCUCAUCUUCAUCAGUAUUGUCAUCCUUAUGCAAGUCAUCAUUGCGGUUGUCUUGCCUCAAUAUCUCAUCGCUCUGGUCUUAGGAUUACUGGCUGGCUUAGUCUUUUACGUCAUGUUCAGGAAGGGCUACUGUGAAGUCAAGCGGUACGACAACACCAGCAGGUCCAAGCUGGUGUCGCAUAUCUCGGCUACUAUGCAGGGGUUGGUUACCAUCAGGGCAUACGGGCAGGAGAGCCGAUUUACCGCCAGGUUCGAGGAGCUGUUGAACAUCAAUACCCACAUGUUACAGAUGUUCACCAUGGCUCCCAGAUGGGUGGCCGUGCGAAUGGACCUUAUGGCAGCCGUGUUAGUCGGUGUAUUGACGCUGCUUGUUCUGCUUAGUAAAGACAAGAUCUUGUCCACGGCAAUGGCGGCAAUGGCGCUAUACCAAGCAGUCGCAGUAUGUGGAGGUCUGCUUCAACAAGUGGUUGUUUCUUGUACGCAAACAGAGAGUUCCUUCAUCUCAGUGGAGAGAAUGCUGGAGUAUAUCGAGAAAACCCCGUCGGAGGCGGAUGCUUGUAUACCGUCCACUCGACCCGACGAUUCCUGGCCGGCCAAUGGAGACCUUCAGUUGCAGCAGGUUAAGAUGAGAUACCGUCCCGGCCUGCCACUGGUCUUAAAAGGCAUCAUGUGUCACAUCCGUCCCAGGGAGAAGAUAGGCAUUGUGGGAAGGACCGGCUCAGGGAAGUCUUCUCUGGGCGUGUCCCUGUUCCGUCUGGUGGAGAAUGCCGCGGGGGAGAUUUUCCUAGAUGGAGUAAACAUAGCGAACCUUGGUCUCCAUGAUCUACGCUCUAGACUCUCCGUCAUACCACAGGACCCCGUGUUGUUUGCAGGAACUGUCAGAUUUAAUCUGGAUCCUUUGAAUCAGCACUCGGACGAAGAAAUCUGGAAUGCACUGGAGAAAGCAUAUAUCAAACAAACAAUCAGCGCAUUGGACAACCAGUUGCAGGCGCCAGUGACGGAAAAUGGUGAAAACUUCUCUGUUGGCGAGAGACAACUCAUGUGCAUGGCACGUGUCUUGUUGCGAAACAGCAAGGUAUUGUUGAUGGACGAGGCCACGGCUGCCAUAGACACGGAGACGGAUAGCUUAAUACAACAGACGAUACGUGAGGCCUUCAAAGAUUGCACUAUGCUCAUCAUAGCGCAUAGACUCAACACAGUACUGGACUGCGAUCGCAUUAUGGUCAUGGACAAGGGUCAAAUUUCUGAAUUCGGCAAACCGGAAGUGUUGCUGUCUGAUCCCGGUUCCCUUUUCAACAAGAUGCUUGCUGCUGCUGAAUCCAACCAAGGCAAUCUAGAUUGAUGAAACAAAGAAGAAUCUCUCGGAAGGAAAUGAAGACCUGGAGGAAAUCACCGCUCUUGGAGGAAAGUUGAAACCCCGCUGCCAUAGAUCAAAAUCUUUGGAAAAGGUGAGAUCUCUGCUUUAAACUAAACAGUAGUUUGCAAAGAUCGAUCAGAACUUACUAAACGAUUGGGAAUAGGCAAGGUUUAGUUUCGUUUAGCGUAUUUCUUCAGUUGUUAUUACCAUAUAUUUGCCGUUUUCUGCAAAGUUCUCUCUCCCUUUGGUGGAACAGUUUUGUAUUUUUUCCAGAUUUCUGUACUCCUCAGAAAUUGACGUCAUGGACGUUGGAUUUUAUGCUCAUGCUUUAAGAUUAAUAUGCAACGCAAUGAAGGUUGGUGAAUAUGAAAGUGAUUUGAAUUUGAUUUUGCUACGCGUUGUUAAAUAUUAAAUAAGAUUUGUUUGCAGGAUAAAAGGGAAUAUUGUUCUUAGAAGUUUUUCGGUUUUUAAGUAUCGAAAUAUUUCUUUCUUUGUCACCAUAUUCAGGUGCUAGCUGAUAUUUGGCUUAUUCUUAAUGAUUUAGUUUGGUUUAAUUAAUGUGUUUUAAUACUAAAUUCUAAGCUUGCAUCACUGUAACCAAGUAUUUUACUAGUGUCUUCUGAAGUUUAUAUGUAACAAUUAUUGCUGAUUUACACAGACUUCGACUUUUUCUAGUUCUGGUUAUAAUACUAUCUUUUAUUAAUUAAAUGCACUUUAUAAAUUUAGGGGAAUGAAGCGGCUGCUUUUAUUAAUAUUUUGGAGGACUUUUGCCGGACUCUGCCGACAGAGGGCGCUUUAACAGCUUUUUGUACGUCGAUUACUUGGAGCAGGGGGAACUUGGCGUUCAGAGUGUGCAUAGUGUAUAUAAUCAGUGAGAACGUUGUAGUUUAAGGAAGUAUAAUGUUGAUGAUAAAGUGAGGUAGGCCUACAUCGGCGUAAAUACCGGGGGGUGGGGAAUAUAUCGCCCACUUUUUGACCGCGGGAUGGGCCAUUGAAUCAUGCCCCACUUUUCGUGGUGGGAAAAACUUAAAACGAAUUGCAAAGAAUUUGUCAGGCUUCCCAACCAACCAAAAUGAAUUCAAUAGCACUCAAAGGGAGAACAAUAACAGAAAAAAGCCAUAAAUAUGUCAUUCUGAUGUAAGAUCUGCAUGAAUGUAAUUUUUACAGAUGUAUAAAUCUGUAUCAUGAAUAUCCACCCUAUGGGCGUGUAGUGUCAUAUGGUGUAAUCCCCCUUUAUUUCUAUGGUCGGGCAAAUAAACCCCCUCACAACUCCCCACCCCUCCCCCAUGCCCCGACACAAAUUUACACCACUGAAGGGAUGAACAAAAUAUGGAAUGUUUAGUUCUUUUUUCCCGGCGUUUGGCAGUAUUUUGGUGACGCAAACUUGUCGAAUAUUGCUGUUCGAGUAAAUUAAAUCGAUAUCGGCCAACGCCAGUUCAGGAAGAAAAUGGUACUUGACUUUGUUGUUUCCUGUAUGAAAUAAAUGCAGGCCAACACUGAACUUGUAAAAGGUUAGUCGGCCAAAGUAAGCCGAGUACGUGGUUUCCGGCAUCGUAAUUCUAAGCUCGAGUGGUCACACCUCGCGUGUGGUGACGUCUGUGUGCGUUCCAUAAUUGUUAUAGUGUUGGCAAAUAAGCUCUACCAACACUGGAUGUGUACUUCGACACUUAACAUUCAAAACGCUACCCAGACGCUCAUCUUCACUGCAACGUGUCUCUUUAGCUAGUGCAGUGUUAGUGCACGUUGGCCUGUGUAACCUUGAAUUUGCAUUAAUUGCUGUAAAAGUGCGUUUGAACGCCUUGCAUAGGGUGCAAGGAAGAAAGAUAGCUACGUGUGAAGUGGAAGAGACCAAUCACUUGCCUUGGUUGAUGCUGUGACAUUAUGCUGUACCAUUUACACAUGCGUACUUCCUCCAUAUUUGUAACCAGUGAUGCACGAAAAUGUAUUAGGCCCUAUGUACCUUGUUCUGAGUUGAAUAUUGGACAUAAAUAGCCCGUUGCUCGUUGGUGCCAAACAGCAAACUUGGAAUCAGAUUUAUUUUGAAUGAUUUCUGCCGUAUAAUAUUAGUAAUAGAGUUAGAGAUUUACUCUAUGUUUCAAGUUGUUUCCUUUCCUUACAGUAAAAAAAAAUGGGAAGGUCAAAAUGAAGUAAAAGGCCAUAGAGAAAAUGAAACUUCUUUGCUAUGCCACGGUGCUGCAUAAUACUAUACGUGAUAACAUCAUAACAAUACCUUUUGUUUUCUGUUUCAUUGACCCCGGAAGAAGUUGACAUAAAACCUGUUGUUGAUUUUGACCUGACACAUUUUCCUGUCAGGAUAACGUGUCGGAUUUCUUUUUUUUUUUCUGUUUUCUUUUCUUAUUUUGGGGAGGGGAGUUGAAUGAAAUCUCAGUACCACUAUGUGGUCUUGCCAAUGACCCAGAGGGAGCGUUUUUGAAUAAUAACGAUAAACAUGUUUAAAGCAUGCCUAGCCAACGUAUUUUCUAUGAUCUGAGAAAUAAUAUUGAACACCUUUUUCGACGAAGACGUCUUUGCAGUUGUUUGUCUUUCGGCUUUUAUUGCUAGCAUUCAUUUAGGAGACCUCCAUCAAGUAAAAAUUCUACACUGUAAUAAGCUGAAUGAAGUGCAAUAUCUUUUUAUUAAUUUAACUCGAAAUCACCAGCUUGGCUCCCAGCAGAACUUCGUAAAAUACUAAAAAAAGGCGACUUUACGACACUGUAUGAGAUGAUAUUGUGACAUCCCGAAUUGGAAUUCGGUGUAACACACACAACACGCAUUAGGGCCCUACGUGUUUUUUUCAGCUUGAGUCUACGUUCAGCGCAAUUAGUGAACAGCUCAGAGGAGUUUAUUACUGUACUUGACCUUUCACGGUCCUUGAAUAAAAAGAAAAUUUGCUGAGGACAAUCGCGAUUUAUACGCUAUACUUGGCUCGACUAUUCUUUAUGUUGGUGCUCUAGGUAGUUAUGAGGCGUUGCGCGUGAAGUGUAGGGCAUAUUUGGUGAAUGCAUGGUUGAUUUGUUGUCUUUUAUUAACCAUUCUCACUGAAGCAAACACGACGCAUCACAAGGGUCAAGUCGCAUGUUGGGGUCAUCCUUGCAAAGUCAGCAGUGAGCGUGGGGUUGGCUAAUUGUGUGCUCUGCUUUGGCGUUGGAAAAAAUAGAGGCCAGUAUU